AUGAAGGUCAACGAGAACACUGCCAUAUCCACACCCGGCGUGCUGCUCGUGCCGUACGACCGCCGGCAUGUGCCGACGUACCACGACUGGAUGGAGGACGAGGCGGUACGGGCGGCGACAGCAUCAGACCGGCUGACGCUCGAGGAGGAGUUCGAGAACCAGGCGUCGUGGCGUGCGGCUGCCGACAAGUUGACGUUUAUCCUGUGCCAGCCGGCCACCGGGCGUGAGGGCAGUAUCGUCGCUGGCGUGGACGACGCGCCAGACCGCAUGGUCGGCGACAUUAAUUUUUUCCUGACGCCUUUCGAGGCAGACGAGGACGAAGACGACGAGUCUGGCAAGAUACAGGAAGACGAGGCAGGCAGCGCCCUUUUCAGCGGCGAAGUCGAUGUGAUGAUUGCCCGGCCCGAGCACCGUCGACAAGGAUUUGGCCGCUCGGCUGUCACGGCGUUUUUGCACUACAUUUUGCAAAGCAAGCGAGACGCGAUUCUCGCCGAGGCGGCAGACGCAACAACGCCUGCGCCCCGUCUCAAGCAGCUCGUGGUCAAGAUCCAAGCGAGCAAUCUGGCGAGCAUCAGCCUAUUCACGAGUCUGGGGUUCGAGCAAAAGGGCGGCGUCAACUACUUUGGAGAGGUCGAGCUGGUCCGAAAACACCUGACAGCCGACGCGCCUCCAUGCUAUACCGAAAAAGCAUACCAAAGAAGGGAUAGCAGGCAUUGA